UGAGCCAGCAAUGCAAAUCUAAAGCUAUGUAAUGCUCCAGGAAAACACAACAGAGAGCCGUUCUUCUUUGAAGUUGCUACAUUUACAACCCCACACAAAGUGGCUUUACUGUUAUUUAUUUACUCGUCUGCUUUCAGUCAUGUCAUACUCCCUUGGGACCAUUAGCAUCUAUAUUAAGUCAUUCACUACCUCACCGGCAACUUUUAUAAUCACGGCUCAAGAUCUCACGCAACUCUGAUCUCUCCAUCUGCAGUCACUUAAGAAAACAAACAGCCCACCAAGAACAAGACUUCCAAGACUGCGAACUUAGCUGGUUACACAGAGCACUGCCUGCUUUCUUUCCUCGGCGUGUGAAUGCUGCUGGGGAUGUGCCACAUCUGGCCUGCCAGCGCUCUGCAGCGGUGACAUCACGGCGUUAUCUCGGCAGGGCGGGGGCAGGCGGAGGGAGAGCGGCGGGCUGCGCCUCCUCGGGAGAGCUCUGCCCCGCCGCACGCCGCUGCCAACGGAGAGAAACCGUCCCGAUUUUCACCUCCGUAGUGAGUACCAGAGAUGGAUGCAUUCCAAACAAUCCUGAAGUUCUUUAUGAACCGGAAAACCGCUAUAGGUUACAGUUUUAUGGCGCUGCUGACAAUGGGAGGUGAACGUGUGUUUUCUCUUGUUGCUUUCAGAUGCCCUUGCAGCAAUGAAAACUUCAGGUACGGUUUAGUAUUUCUCUUCUCGCCAGCUCUUGUUUUGCUGGUUAUUGGAUACUUCUUGAACAGCAAAACCUGGAAACUCUUUACAGGCUGCUGGGUGAAUCCCAGGAAAAUAUUCCCCAGAGGGAAUAUCUGCCAUUUCUUUUACGUCUUUGGACAAAUCACUUUAAAUGCUCUGGUAGCCCCAGUGAUGUGGCUCUCCGUGGCUUUGCUCAACGGGACUUUUUACGAAUGUGCCAUGAGUGGCUUGAAAAAUCCUGCCUACUUACAAGCAGUUUGCCACAGCAAAUCGGAGAACUGCUUUGAAGAGCUACACAAGGUAGCCUGUGACAAAAGCUCCCUGCCCUUUUCAGAGAGUGAUGAACUGAAAAGAACACUUCAAGCACAGUCCCAGAUUUUAGGCUGGUGUGUGAUAGUUACCACAGCUCUCCUCUCCCUGCUAACCACUUGCUGUGCCAGUUGCCAGUCAAAAGUCAGCCACCUCCAGCUGAUGUUUUGGAGAGUGUAUGAGGGGACGGAGAAGGAGCAACUGGAGCAGAUUUUCCAGCUGUAUGCCACCAAGCUGAGUGAGAGAAACCUGAAGUGCUUUUUUGAAAACAAGGAACCAGAACCCAUUUCCCUGCCAGCUUUCCAGGCAUGGGAAGAUGCUUCCCAGCUCUACUCUUUCAGCAGCAGCAAACAGCAUUAUAGCACGAUUCACAGGCUAGUUGAAGAAGGCCAGAAGGGAACCACUGAGGAAAGAGAAACAAUGCUGGACCUUGCGGACAGAAGGGAAGUACCAUAGACCAAGUAUAUUUUCAGCUUUUUUAUAUCUUGUUAAUAUGGCAUAUUUCUAUCUGGUUUUGUCUCUAUGUUUUUCCACAAUGGCCUCUUUCUUCUUCAUCAUGUCUCGUCUCUGUUAGUUACUUGCUCCAAAAGGAUGGAAUGAAAUUAUGUCUCUACAUACAAGUGAAAAGGCUGCUCCAUGGCACCCAGGGUUCAUGUCACUGGCUCAGCAUCAAGAGCUGACAGCACAAAGAAAGGAAUAAUGGCUUCUACAAGAGGGUUUUAACAAUAUGCUAUGUAAAAUGUGCUAUAGUAUGCUUGUCCUGUGUAAAUCUAGAGACUGUCAACAAGUAAAGUUAUUUAAAGUAUGUGAAUAUAAUUACAAGAUACAUGUGCUUUUCUGACAGCCAACAUACAGAAAGUAAAGGUUUUCUCUCCAGGUCAUUUCCAGGCCAGUUGCAGGUACAGCCUUGUUUUGAGGCACCAGUGAUCACUCAAGGCUUCUCUGUCUUUGGAUAUUUUGCCUCUGUAGAACAUUUCCCUGUUAUCUGCUCCCAGCCUAGACUUUCUCUUUGUAUGGAUAUAAAGUCUCAGUUUUCAGCAAGUUUCAGGCACUGGGUGCAGCCUGUAGUGCUCUGUAAUAUUGCUGUUUCUGGGCCUGCAGCCAAUGUACAACAGAGGGCCUGGAAGGAAAUUCCACUUUUUAAGACAGGAAAAUAUUUUUGCAGAAGACUGACUUUCAUUUUUUUGAAUAUCCUUGGAAAACGUGGUGUCUGGAGCAAGAAGAACCAGCAGGUGAGGCAACUGCACAGUCAGUGCCUCUGACAAACACAUUUCAGCCCAGAGCCCUGUGCUUUACGUCACUCACUUGGAAUUAAUCACAUGGCUCUCAGGGAGUUCAGAGUAUUUGCAAAAGCUGUAUAAAAGGAGAACAAAGUUACUUUCCCUGGGCAGGCUUUUGUGCAGCCUUUUAUUGCCAGUCUCUCUGAGCCUGCAAAGAAUCAUAGUUUUGCUCUGCUUGAAUCAUGCUCUUCUCAACAAACCAGGAUAUCCUGCCCCGCUGUUCUCAUACUCAUUGGGUUUCUUCAGCAGGUAAAAGCAUCUAUAUACAGACCAUUACUCUUUAUGAAAUAAAACACAAGCGCCACUUCAACACUCUGCUUAGAAUUUUCUCCUUAUGCUUUCAAGAACUUGUGACCUUUGAGAUAAUGUUUUAAAGUUUUUUCAUCCCAGAUGACCCACUUAGCAGCAUACUUAAAACAUGUUAUAUGCUUAAAUGAGCCUGCUGCUGCUGCUGCUGAAAACACAGAUGCAACACUGCCAAAAUGAAAGUCACAACAGCAGAUGUCUGACACUGUGCCUGGCACAUAGAUCAACCAUUUUCUCCCCAGGAGCUUCUCCUGGUAUAGCAUCUACCUACUUCCAGUCUAUGUGACCCUUCCUAUUUGUCUUUCCUUGUGAGAACUGUCCCAAUAUCUUCUGUCCAGCCCCAUUUCACCUCCUCCCUGCACACAAGAGGAGAUAGAACACCUCCUAACAGGACAGCCCCACUGCCUGGGCCAAACUUCCCGAUCCAAAACUGUCUCUCCACCUCCUUCCUCAGAAAAUCAAAGCAAGUAGGGAUGCAAUGGGGAGGACAGCAAGUAGGUUAAUGAGUUGAUCCAAGAAAUACAAGAAACAAGUGGAUUGAGGUUAAGAGAAGGCCUCCAGUGUGAUAUAAUAACUGGGAUACAGAGGCAAAAGCACAGCUGGUAGAGGGGACAGAGUGAUCCCACUUGGAGCUUUUGGUAUCCUCUCUUCCCUCAGAAGAAAGCUUAGGGCUCUGCACCUGAGUAGCCCAGGCCAUCUGAAAUGGCAGCACUUCCCAGCCCUAUCUUCUGCUUUAUUGUGGAGGGGCAAAUCCAAAAUAAAUUUCCUUAUCUUCCUCCUUGCCUACUUCAUGUUUGCAGGUAGCUCAUGUUGAGAGUGUCUCUACCCCCAAGAGCAGCUGCUGAACACUUUGUGCUGCAAUGUGUGCCUGGUAGGAGCCCAUCUCUCCCUUAUCUUCAUUCCCAGGGGAAUGUGUGACUCUUUAUCUUACCAAAACGCCUGUGACUUACUGCAAUUUCCAUGUGGAUCCUAGAUACUUCUAUGAAAAUAGACUGAAAUAACAGCCAGUUUGACCCUAUGUUUCCAACUGGCACGUGGGUUUGAAAAAUUUAACUUAGUCCUUCAAGGGGCUACUGUAAAAGCUACUUUCUAUCAACAUUGUUCCUGAAUCCAGCAGCUACCAUGGCAGCUCAGAAAGAGACAGAGUAUUGUCAACACGGUCCAAAACAAACUGGAGAGAGAGAAAAACACCCCACAAAUAAAACCAAACAGCAAGGUUGACAUUUUCUGCUGGAAAAUUUAGAUUUUUGCAUUAAUUCUGAUACCCAUCAAAAUAUGAAUUUCAAAGAAAAUAGAAAACUUCUGUUUAAUCUUCUGUGCUCUGUGCCUCGGUUUAGCCUUUAAAUUCUCUUAGCUCUUCUUCCACCACACAUCUGCUGCUCCAUCAAACUUGAAGUCUUUGUUAUAAGAAUGAAGACUUUUAAACCAUGCUAAGCCCUCAUAUGCUCUCAAUUUAGUUUCAGCUGUACUUUGCAUUAUGGUAUGAUGCAUCUGUCCAAAUUAUAUUGUUAAAAAUUUUUGUGUAAAAGUGAACUUGCAUGGAAACUAUGCAAAAGAAGUAGCUGGUUUGCAAUGGAGUACCAAAUAAAGGCCAAAUUGUAAAGUGAAAAUUGUGAAAAUGUCUUGGCAGAAACAAUAAUUUAUAGUGCAUAGAUAAGCAAAUCAAUGAAUAUAAAAUAUUUUUUUCUUAAAACCAGGCUAUAACUGAACUGCAAAUAUUUUAAAACUACCAUUUACAACUUCUCAGAGGAUAAAACAAAGGUCUUUUCAGUCUUUGUGACUCCAAAAGACUAGAAUGUAAAAUGAAUGAGGUGGUUUGAAACUUGCAUCCCAUAAAUCUGUCUCAUUUUUAUCCAUGAAAUGGAAGAAAAAAGAAUAUCUGUUUAGACAUGUACAUAGGCUUGCCAGCAAAAUGAUGCCCAUAUAAGGCAAAACCUCACUUUUGAAAAUGUUAUUUGCAACUCUAUGACACUAUAGAUUGCUUAAUGAGAAAAUAAGAUCCAAGCAGUCUGAAUUAAAAAUGUAUCUCUGCCCUUUUUCAAAAACUCAGUCAGCAUUCCAUCUCUCUCAAGCAGCAAGAAUAAAAAUUGUUAACAUUCUGAGGGUCCUCAAAGACAGCCUAGAAUUACUGAAAUGUUUAGGAAGCCACUAACUUUUCAGUCCCUCUACGUACUACUGGGGACUUUUCACUUCCCAACUUUAUAUGCAGAAGUCAUGACACCAAGUAAGUAAGUACAGACUGUUAAAAAAAUGGAAACCACGAUUUCAGACAACAUAAUAGCAAGAUUAAUGAAGGACCAGAAUUCAUCUGCUUAAAAGGGGAAAGAUGGUCAAAAUAAUAUAUCUGCUAGCAUACUUUUCAUUCUUAGUAUUUUUCCAGUCAGGGUUUGGAAAGAGGAAGAUAUAUUAAAUGUAUUGCCUUCUUUUGCUGAUUCCAAACUUCUCUUCUGACCUUUUCUUUACUUUCCGCAGUGCAGCACUUCAGUGUCCUGUUUACUGUUUACCACAGUAUGCUGUAUUACUUAGCACAGCAACCUGCUUGUGCAUUUCCCUCUCCCUGCUGAGAUCUGAAAAUCAACAUUUACCAGCUUCAUAAAUUCUGCCAGCUUCUGUCAGACCUUCCAACUGGCCAUAUGUCAAUAUACAGGGACCUUGUGUGGCAGCACCUUCCAUGACAGGGGAAAGGACUUUUCCUGUCCUACAGCUCUGGGCAGGGGGGUGACAUGGUUGGAUUAUGCCAUCAUUUGUUAUACCCCUCCAGGGAGCUCUCUUCAAAGACCUCCAGAGAUGUUAAUUUCCUGUGUUCCCAGGGUACUAAGUGUCCACAGUAAAGCUCAUCUCUGGAGCCACUGCUUUUCAGGAACAGAUUUAUCCUUAGACACUGCACUGUUUAAUCCAGCCUGUGAGCCAGCACCAGUUUGCUGUGGACCAGAGCAUGUGGUCAGGCUGCUUCCACUUCUAGCACAGACAAACACCUCCUGGUGCUAGUGAAGGUAAUAUAAACUAAACUAAUCUAAUAAAAAUUAGAUCCAAAACCAGAAGCUGUUUUUUGCAACUCAUUUGAUCAGAUCAAUUACAUCAAGGUCUUUGAGGAGAAAUUGAAUUAAACAUUGAUUUUGCAGGAUUAUAGAGAAAAAUUAUCAACCUAAUUUCAAAAGUAAUCCUCAGUUAUACUCAGAUCCAAAUUCUGAAUCCCAUCUUGGACAUUACUUCUUCAGCUGGGCUUUGUUCUUAAUAUCAAUUGGUUUCCAUUUCUUACCCCAAUUUGCCAGAGAGCCUACUUUUACAUGUCCUGUUUCAUCUCUUUUUUAAUUCAAUCCCAACUGUAGCCCUGCCAAGUCACAGGACCAACAUGAGAAGACAGUGAACACCAUGGGAACUCAGUGUAGAAGGGCUCACUUUGGCUCCUCAUCAAAACUUGUUGGCCCUUCUCCAGGUCAAUAUAAGUUAGCAAUAAAGCCCAGGCUUUGCAAUCUGAACCAGUGGUAGAAGUUUUAAGCCCCCAGUCACUGCUUUAGGUGCACCUUUCCUCCAGUAUUUAUUUCUUAAUCUGGGAAACUGGCUUUGUAGUCCUCAUUUAUGUUUUUUUUCUUUUGCUUCAUCUCUUUCCAUUUCCACAGGGAACACCCACAGCCUGAUCUUACAGACUUCUUUGUUUUCCAAAGAACUGAAGUAUAAUAGUUAUGUUAACAGGAGGUUUGGCUUUAACUACUUGAAUUGCUGAACUGUCUUAAUUACUUUAUCUUUGAACUGGUUUUACUCAUUCUCAAACAGAUUUAGACCUCUGAAGACUUAAUGCAGUUAAGUAUUUAAGCACUUUCUCCUGGCUGGGAACACUCCUGCUGAAGAGUUAAGGAGAUCAUGUAAACAGCUUCAUGAUUCUGAGCUAAAAACUGUAGUAGAGUAUUUGCAGCUCCUUACUGGGUCACUUUAGACAUGUUUUGUUGGUAUGUGUCUCAGACAAAUGUACUUGAAGAUUAUUUAAAAAUUGUUUUGCCAAAGAAAUGUGAAAAUGCUGUCCAUAUCACAUUUUGCCUCAGAAAUGUUACACUCCUACUACAGAACUCCUUUUAGUUUGCUAAAAAUAGUCUUUCAAAGGGAGAGUGUGUGCCUUAAUGUUUGUCCCAAUCUUUCCAAGUAAUUUUUUACUUCUCUUAAUAAGUCUCUUUGGAAGUACAAGCUGCAGAGAAACAGUGUCUUUUUCCAUUGUUAAUUUCUCACUGCACUUUGCUGUUGAAUACCAUGUACUUAAGAAUGAAGGUUUAACUGUAAUAAUGCAUUUGUAAAGAAGGGAACUAUGAUGAAUAAGACCCAGAAAACCAGAUAUCUGACAUAUAUGUGAAAAUAAAGUACCAAUCACCUGAAGAAGAAUGUAAAAGUGAACAAAAAUCUGAUUUUGCAGCCGUUUGAAAUGAGGCAGUGGAUUUUAAAACAGUGAUUGAAAUGCUGCUUGUCUCAUCGGUUUCAUUCAGCUGUCCUCACCAUUUCCAAUGGAUCAUCUGUCUAGCCCAGCUCAGCUGCUUACUGGGAAGAACUUUGUUAUGUAUUCUUAUUUAAAUUUCUCUUUGAAAUUCCCUGGAAUUCUAACUUGCCAGUGGGGGCAAACAAUCUUUAGAAACCUGUGUCUUUGUUGUCUGACAGAAGAGUGAACAGCUACUCAAUAAAAGGGAAAUUUCCAUCAAAGUAAGCAAAAGUA